AUAUGAUCAAAUAACGCAUUAUGACAGAAAGAGACCACAACCGUUACACUAUAAUGGCGAGCCGAUGAACUACAGCAGGCAGUAUGUGACAUCCGGAAGGAUAAAGAAAUGCGAAACACAAUCUAUGCUAAUCAAUGUCAGACAUCGAUCAGAUCGUACACAAUGGUCAGUAUGUUGCGCUUGUAAAAGGGCGGAGAAAUUCAAAAGAGCUCGGUACAGUGAGCAUGGUACAAAGAACCUUUCCACAUCACCGAGACUUCGGCGGAAAUUAAGGAGAGGUCCGUAUGAUGAUGAUAGAGGAUACCCGAUGAAACCGUUACAUCACACCCCAAGUUCUGAACGGAACAGUACCUUCGAUUUGGAUAAAGAUCAAGGUGGAAUGUUCAAGGCCAAACAAACGAACCGAAACACACAAGGUGCUCGCCCAGUACAGGACAGUGGAGACACAAGGACAGACAUUCCAGCGCAGGGCUAUCAGCAGGCAAACGGUUACAGCAAUUACCCAAACAACAGGAGUAGACAGACACAGCCAAAUAUUCAAAGAAAACCAGAUACUCAUAGAGAACAG